CAGGAUCUGGUUGGACUCGUCUCUUCGCUGCUCUUAUUUUCAGGCAGCUUCACUAACCUCCUGUUGGACUUUCUGGGCCUGCAGAACUUCUUGGUUCUGGUUGCUGUGGAUCUGCUCCUCCUGGUGGUUCUGAAGGGUUUUUAGGGUCCAGGUCUCUGGUUCUCUGACAGCGUCUCCAGCAGUGAGUGAGGAUGGAGACGUCAGUGGAAGCAGCUGAGCUGGUGGUUCCUCCCAGACCCGACGCGCCGUCCUCUCUGGAAGCUGGGAGCCCAGAGGGAGCAGCAGCGACCUCCGACCCCAUGGAGGAGUUCAGCCGCCGGCUGCAGGACAUCCUGCGGACGCACGGCUCUGCAGACGGCCUCCUGGACAGAGCGGUGGCUUCGGACUUGGAGGCGGAGAAGGAGGAGGUGAAAGGUGACGUGGAGACAGACGUCUCUGUCAUCAAGCAGCGCCUCAUCAGCCUGUCGUCUCCAGAGGAGAAACUAGAGGAGCUGCUCCAGAAGUACAGCGAGCUGGUGGCGCUGCGGCGCGCCGAACAGCAGAGGGUGACGUGUCUGCAGCAGAAGCUCUGCGUCCUGCAGGCCGAGCGCCGCUGCGGCGCCGCAGCUCGCAGCCAACUGGAGGACCUCUGCAGAGAUCUACAGGCUCACUACAGCACGCUGAGGGAGGAGACGCUGCGGCGCUGCAGGGAGGAUGAGGAGAAGAGGAGCGACAUCACCAGCCACUUCCAGGAGAUGCUGACGGAGAUCCAGGCUCAGAUCGAGCAGCACAGCGCCCGCAACGACAAGCUGUGCCACGAGAACGCCAACCUGACCGACAAACUGGAGAGCCUGAUGAACCAGUACGAGCGCCGGGAGGAGAGUUUGGAUAAAAUCAACAAGCACCGAGAUCUGCAGCACAAACUGACCGAGGCCAAACUGCAGCAGGCCAACGCUCUGCUGGCUGAGGCCGAGGAGAAGCACAAGAGGGAGAAGGAAUACUUACUGGUUCAGGCUGCUGAGUGGAAACUGCAGGCUAAGACUCUAAGAGAGCAGGCGACUGUCAUGCAGGCACAGCUGACCCUCUACGCUCAGAAGUUCGAUGAGUUUCAAGCCACGCUGGCGAAGAGCAACGAAAUCUACGUCCGCUUCAGAAAGGAGAUGGACAACAUGACAGAAAAGAUGAAGAAGGUGGAGAAGGAGGCGAACCUGUGGAAGACUCGCUUCGAGAACUGCAACAAGACUCUGAUUGACAUGAUUGAGGAGAGAGCAGAGAAAGGCAGAGAGUACGACCUGUUCGUCCUGAAGAUACAGAAGCUGGAGAAGCUGUGUCGUGCUCUGCAGGAUGAGAGGAAAGGGCUCUAUGACAAGAUCAGAGAUGUUCGCCAGUCCACUGCCAGCCUCCCAUCCAAGUUCUCCGCUGCCACCGAGAACGUUCCAGAAGAAGAUGGCAUCCCAGAUCUGGAGGGGCUCCAGGAGCUCCAAGAGGAGGACCCCGUCCUGCUGGAGAGCAUCGCCCGUCUGAGGGAGGAGCAGGCCAAGCUGCAGGAGUUCGCUGCCUCCCUGUUGGCCGCGCCGGAUGACGAGGAGCAGCGGGAGGACCAGGGGACGGAGGCUGAAGAUGACCUGGUGGUCUCGGCCAUUGCUCAGUUCCAGACUAAACCCGAGGCCAAACGAGACCCGGGUUCAGCUCCUGAAUCUGGUUUUACACAAACCGCUAAAGAAGAGAAGGAUCCAGACCCAUCGGAGGCUUUGAUGGAGGCUCCAGAACCAGAGGGAGCAAAACCAGAACCAGCAGACCCAGUAGUACCUGUGGAGGCGGGACAGGAUGAGGCCCAGGUCCAGUUCAGAGAGGAGCAACAAGCCAAGCGAGACGAACACGUCCAACAGUCAGAACCAGCAGAGGUGGAUCCAGAACCUGAAGAAGCCAAGGCAUAUCCAGAACCAAACGCACUGGAGGCGGAUCAGGACGACACCAGUGAGGUGAAACCAGUGCUCCCAGUGGAGGCUGUGCAGGUCCAGGAGCAGCCUGUGAGUGGGUCAGAACUGGAACCUGAAAAGUCCGCUCAGCCUUCUGAAGCAGCUGGAGUCAAACCGCUCCAGAAGAAACGGAAGAAGAGGAACAGCAAGAGCACCAGCUAGACCUCAGAACCAGCGUGUCGGUGUCCCACUGCAGCGGGUCAGAACCAACUGCAGGAACCAGCUGGUUCCAGAGUGAAGAUCUAACCAGACCCACAGGAGGAGACGCCUCUCUAGCAUCUAUGUUUGCUUCAUGUUUACAGGAUCUGCUGCUGGUUUCCAUAGCAACUUCUAUCAAUAAAGUCUUUUGGAUGAACUU